GGCACAUCCAGGCUAUACGUUAUCAUGGGCAACAAGCUGAAACUGGCCGUCGCUGAGCCCACUCUGGCUGGUGCUGCCACCACUGACGUCGCUGAAACCCUGUUCUUUUCCUUCAAUGCUAGCUAUAUCGCCUACGCACACACCAUCUGCGCCUACACCGCUUUCUUAUCCGCCUUCGUUGUGGGCUGUUACCUCCAUUAUUACAAGAUCGUGGAGAACGCUUCCUUCGGAUACCCCGAUGAGUGGUUUCCUUCUGUUUCUGCCACCAUUGGAGACAGAUACCCCGAGAGAUCCGUUUUUCAAGUGGUCAUUGCUGUUACAUCCGGUCCUCGGUUUUUGUUGUUGGCAUUCAACUUCGUCAAGCUCUACAAGCCAAACUCGGCUAAGCCAUGGUUGGCGUUGAUUUCUGGAGUCUUGAGAACUUUCACCUGUGGUGGAUGGGUCUACAUCACCUCCACUGACGACCAUGACUUCCAUGACAUCUUCAUGAUAUUGUACUUGGUUUUGACCAUUCCCUGGACUGUGUUUGUCACCAUUGCAUCUCCAAAGGGAUCCACUGUCCGCACUGGCAGAUUCUACACAGCAGUGACCUUUUUCGGCACUUUGGUGCCUUUGGUCUACUGGUUCAUCCAGCACAAAGUCCACGUCAGACCUGGUGCGUACUCGAUCUACGCCUACUUCGAGUGGUCCUUGGUGUUGUGGGACGUUGCAUUCGAUGCCUGGUCCAUCCUCGACUUUUCUGAUAUAGAAAUCAGAAUCUUCAGUACUGGAGUCGCUUUUGCUCCCGCCAAAAAGACCCUUGCUGCUGCAAAGACUGAGACUAAAACUCAGGCUGACGAGUUUUCCACCGUCGAGUUUCUUGUCAACUUGAUCAAUGCCUACAUCUUUUGGACUGUCAUCACCGCUUUGUUGUUGUGUGUAUGGUAUUUCCCAUUGUGGUACAUGGGUCUUUCGGGAUACGAAGUCACUAUUAUCUCCAUUUUUGUUCCAAACAUCUUUUUAGCCUUCCCUUUCAUCAGAAACUUCUUUGCAAGGUUUCCAUUGGUUGGCCGUACCUUGACGGUAAUUUUUGGGAUCGGAGCCUAUAAAUUGGAAGACCCAGAACAGAAGCUUAUGGCAGUUACUGCGGGUACCUUCUUUGCAAUUGCAUCCUUUGUCACUGAGUUCUGGGCUUUAUCUACUCAGCCCAAAAAAUUCACCUCUUUCUCGACCACCUUCAUUGUUGGUUUAUUGACCACUACAGUUUUAAAGUAUGUGUUCUACUCCAACAAUCCAGUGUGGCCAAUCAUGCAUGAAGCCAACGGUGGUUACAAUGCUACCGGUAUUUUUGUCGGCUUAUUAGGUGCCUUCUUCACUCCUUCCGUCAUUGCCCCAGCUUCUACUAAAACAGUACAAAGGUCAGGUGGCUCUUUGUUGUUGGCUUCCGUUGGUUUUGCUGGCUACUUCUACUCGAUUCAAGCUUACUUGGGUGACUCCGGAACAUUAGUCACUUGGAUUUGGGAAGGUUUCCCAAUUAGAGGUGCUACACCAAUCACCGGUGGUAUUGUUUUCUUCAUUGCAUUCAUUUUUGGUGUCAUUGCAGCACUCAAGGUCAAUAGUAAGGUCUUAAGUUCCAUUUACUAUAACUUGAUUGUUGGUGGUGGUAGUGCCAUCGUAUUUUUCAAUUUGAAAGGAUGGAAUGGGUUUGCUGGAGCCGCUUUGCAUGUGCUCUACUUAGCCUCGAUCACACCUAUUAUUUUUGAGGGACUUGUUGGAUUCAAUCCAGGUGCUGCUUUCUUCUUGGGUUUCUUGAUUGACAUUCUCAUCUCCUUGGGAAGCAUUUGGGUCGUUGCUUAUGCUUUUGUUCCAGGUGGUCCUCUCCUCAGAGAAAGAAUGGACCUUAUUGUGAUUGUUUCUUUCGCCCUGAUUCUACUCGGUGUUUUGAACUACAACUUAAGAAUCCAAAGCUCUCACAUCACUAAACUCAAUCAAGGAAAGAAUUUGUUCAAGCAAACAUUGACAGUGUUGACUGUGCUUUUGGCCAUCUCUGCUUCCACUUUCAUCAAGAGAUAUCCAACUGUUCCAUACAAGCCUUACAACGAAGAGUCUAGAUCAUUUACUGCUGGUAUCUGGUGUGUUCACUUCGGAUUGGACAAUGACAUGUGGUCUUCCGAAACCAGAAUGAAAAAUUUGAUCGAAGAAGCUCAAGUCGAUAUCAUCGGUUUGUUAGAAACUGACACUCAAAGAAUGAUUGGUGGUAACCGUGACUUUACCCAAACCAUUGCGGAAGAAUUGGGUAUGUACACAGACUACGGUCCUGGUCCAAACAAGCAUACUUGGGGAUCGGCGUUAUUAUCUAAGUUCCCGAUCAUUAACUCUACUCAUCAUCUUUUACCUUCCCCUGUUGGUGAAUUGGCCCCAGCAAUCCAUGCUACUUUGGAUAUUUAUGGAGAAUUGGUUGAUGUGGUUGUGUUCCACUCUGGCCAAGAAGAAGAUGUGGAAGACAGAAGAUUACAAUCCUUGGGAAUUAGAGACAUCUUGGGAAGUUCCAACAGACCAAGAGUGUUGUUGAGUUACUUAGUGACUGAGCCUUUGACAGGCAACUACAACACCUACGUCAGUGAGGAGUCUGGAGUGUACGAUAUCGACAGCACUGAUUGGGACAGAUGGUGUGAAUACAUUUUGUUUAGAGACUUGAAGAAGGUUGCUUACGCUAGAAUUUCUAGAUCCACCAUCACCGAUACUGAAUUGCAAAUUGCUAAGUUCAAGUUGUUGACCGAUGAACAAAAAGAAGCAAAUGACAUCGAUUUCUUGUACGGAAACCACUAUGUCAAUGAAGAGGAUAUUGAUGAGAACUUAAGAAUGCCUCAAUUGUUCAGAGGUGAUGGUGUUAGGGGCCACAGAUACCACGUCUUUGAUGAGCCUAGGUACUUUGCCCCAUAAGAGCACUAUUUGUAUCUUGAAUUUUAAUGAUGAUUAUCGUAUUAAGUAUUAUUUUAAAAAUUGUAGUUUUUAUUAAUUUGAAAGGACUUUAAUGGAUUAGACUUUACCUAAUUGUGUUAAAAUUGACUAUGACUUC